AAACUACUUUACACACUAAAUAAAACACUGCGAUCACCGAUCAGCUUCCGUUAACAUUUUGAAUGGGUUUCAUCAAAUGAGUCUUACGGAGUAAGCGAAGUGUUCGUCACUAUCAAAAAUCAUUAACCUAACUUUUCCAAAAACCCUUCAAUUCCGAUGAGUGUCAAAACGACAACCAAAAUAGGCGUCGUUUCGCCAUCCACGGCAGAGAUAAUCGACGUCGAAACUUUUCAUUCCUCUCCGACCACCUCGAAAACAACAAUCACCGCCGUCAUCAAUCUUUCCGACGAAGAAGACGAUGACGAUGUCAGAAUCCUCAAUUUCAUUCCCAAAAAAACCACUUUCGGAAAACGGAGAACAAUCAAAACUGAAAAAGGUGAGUCUUCGAAAUCCAACAACGACGUUCCGUUUAUUUGCGAAAUUUGUACGGAGACGAAAACCACAAAAGAUGCUUUCUUCAUCAUCGGUUGUUCGCAUGCUUAUUGCUCCGAUUGUGUUACUAUGUACGUUGUUUCUAAGCUGGAUGAUAAUGUGAUCAAUGUGAGGUGUCCUGUUUCUGGUUGUAGUGGUUUAUUAGAAGCCGAGUAUUGUCGUUCGAUUCUUCCAGCCGAGGUUUUCGAUCGGUGGGGGAAGGCAUUGUGUGAGGCGAUGUUUGAUGUUUCGGAGAAAUUUUACUGUCCGUUUGCUGAUUGUUCUGCUCUUUUGAUUAAGGAUGGGACGGAGGAAGUUACAGCUUCGGAGUGUCCAAAUUGUAGGAGGUGUUUUUGUGCAAAAUGUAGGGUUCCGUGGCAUGAUGGGAUCGAAUGUAGCGAUUUUGAGAAGCUGCAUGCAGAUGAGAGGGAAAAAGAAGAUGUUAUGUUGAUGAAACUUGCUAAGGAUAUGAAGUGGAGACGAUGCCCUAAUUGUAGGUAUUAUGUUGCAAAGUCGACGGGUUGCUUGUUCAUGAAAUGCAGGUGUGGAGUUGCCUUCUGUUACAACUGUGGAGCUCUUAACACAACUAAUAUCCAUUAUUGCAGCAUAUGUAAACACUAACUACAGUUCGACUGCCUUAUGUUUUGUAACUGAAACAUAUGAUAUGAUCUAAAUUAUGCUAAUUAUCAUGGCUAGUGACUUUAUGUUAUGUAUUAUGAAGGUAAGAACUGUUUUA